GCUCGGGCUGAUGGCGGCGGCGGGCGGCCCCGGGUCGGCGCUGUCCCCGCGGCCGUGCGACAGCGACCCGGCCACGCCCGGAGCGCAGUCCCCGAAGGAUGAUAAUGAAGACAAUUCAAAUGAUGGGACCCAACCGUCCAAGAGGAGGCGAAUGGGCUCGGGAGACAGCUCUAGGAGCUGUGACACCUCCAGUCAGGAUCUCGGCUUCAGCUACUACCCAGCAGAAAACCUGAUAGAGUACAAGUGGCCGCCCGAUGAGGCAGGAGAGUACUACAUGCUUCAGGAGCAAGUCAGUGAAUAUUUGGGAGUGACCUCCUUUAAACGGAAAUAUCCAGAUUUAGAGCGACGCGAUUUGUCUCAUAAGGAGAAACUCUACCUGCGAGAGCUGAAUGUCAUCACAGAAACCCAGUGCACUCUAGGUUUAACAGCACUGCGCAGUGAUGAAGUAAUUGAUUUAAUGAUAAAAGAAUAUCCAGCCAAACACGCUGAAUAUUCUGUUAUUCUGCAAGAAAAAGAACGCCAGCGGAUUACGGAUCAUUACAAAGAGUAUUCGCAAAUGCAACAACAGAACACUCAGAAAGUUGAAGCCAGCAAAGUGCCCGAGUACAUUAAGAAAGCUGCCAGGAAGGCCGCGGAGUUUAACAGCCACCUGAACCGGGAGCGGAUGGAGGAGAGAAGAGCGUACUUCGACCUGCAGACGCACGUCAUCCAGGUGCCUCAAGGGCAGUACAGGGUGUUACCGACGGAGCGGACCAAGGUCAGUUCCUACCCGGUGGCCCUCAUCCCCGGACAGUUCCAGGAAUAUUACAAAAGGUACUCUCCGGAUGAGCUGCGCUAUUUGCCAUUAAACACAGCGCUUUAUGAGCCCCCGCUGGAUCCUGAGCUGCCAGCUCUCGAUAGUGACGGUGACUCAGACGAAGCCGAGGAUGGUCGGGCCGACGAGAGACGGAAGGACAAAGGCACUUCGGACAGCUCCUCGGGCAACGUGUCCGAGGGCGAGGGCCUCCCCGACGGCCAGGAGGAGCCGGCGCAGGGACGGCAGAGGCCCAGGGACAAGGCGGCCGCGCCGAGAAAAGACGCCACGAAGCGCUCCGCGCCGAGCAAGCCUGCGCCCGGGUACAAGCCAAAGGCCAUUCCAAAUGCUCUAUGUGGAAUUUGUCUGAGGGGUAAGGAGUCCAACAAGAGAGGGAAGGCUGAGCCCCUUGUGCACUGCUCCCAGUGUGACAGCAGUGGCCACCCUUCUUGCCUGGACAUGAGCGUGGAGCUCGUUUCUGUGAUUAAGACCUACCCGUGGCAGUGCAUGGAGUGCAAAACUUGCGCCGUGUGUGGGCAGCCGCACCACGAGGAAGAGAUGAUGUGCUGUGACGUGUGUGACAGAGGCCACCACACCUUCUGUGUGGGCCUGGGCGCUCUGCCGUCAGGUCGCUGGAUUUGUGACUGUUGUCAGCGAGCCCCCCCAACACCCAGGAAAGUGGGCAGAAGGGGGAAAAACAGCAAAGAGGGGUAGUUUUUUGACCCCAGUUCUGUAACACGCAUUUAAAUGAAAUACCUGGUGCCAGUUUAUUUACAACACUCUCAUUUUUAUGCCAAUAAAAGAUUUUUCUUUGAAAUUAA